UGAGCUAGCUCUUGGGGCUUGGGAGGUUUUCUCAAUUAUAAAGUGCAAAUCCCCACAUUGGUGAUUAAACGAGCUUGUUGGAAAAGUGUCCUCGGAAAGGAAUGCACCCGUUCUUGGUGUAGAAAGGGGAAAGUCGAAACGGCGAUCGAUUACGUCGCUGUUUGGACACGCUCUGAUUAUUUCGCUCACCAUGGACUCCGCGCCGGACCGGAGCUUCGUGACGGAGUACUUUGCCAAUCUGAACGAAAUUUCCAAAAAGAUUGCCAUCGACAUCGAGGAAAUCCGCAGCGCCUACGAACACAUUUGGGACGACCUGAGCCGCGAGGAGCAGAUGGAGAUUGUGAACGAGACGAUCAUCAAGCCCGAGCUGGCGCUCAAGUAUUUCGACAGCUUCUCCACGUCGUCCGAUUCCCUGCAGCGAAUCUUGGGCACGGUCGACGAUGCCGACGACGAUCGUAAUGCCAACCUGUACGAUGGGAAGGAGCUGCAGACGUUUCAGUACGUGCGCACCGGACGCAAAGCGGUGACCGACGACAGCAUUGGCAUGUUCCGGGACGAACAUUCGGCGCCCUUUUCGCACAAGACCAAAAGUCAAAUUAAUCUGACGAUUUUCCCACCGGAAAAGGACUCGAAAACGGGCGCGGGCGUCAAGGGAGUCAUGAUGGCGAAGAAGCUACUGCUGAAGUCACCGAAACUGGACGAUGCCAACUGCAACGGAGUGAAGGGCAAGGAGGGAGUGCAUGUGGUAGCUAAGGGGCACAAAAGUGAGACAGCGGCCGGUGGCGGGCCGCUGUUCGAUAGUGAGCGGAACCUUCUGUCUUCCGAUGAGACUGGCACGAAAGUCGGGUCGGCGGGAUUUUUGACCAAAUUCAACAAUCUCAUCUUUAACCAAACACCCAUCGAGAUGACGACGGCGGAGUCGGCCGCUUCCAUGGACGGUAGCGACGAAGUCGAUGGCACGAUCGAUCAGGAUGAAUUCGACACCGACAACGACAAGGUGAAUCUGUUCAGCAAGAGCUCCAAAAACGAGUGCCUUCACCGUGCGCAGUCGUCCUCGGUAGAGGAGGAUGACAAAAACUACGACGAGCUAAACAGUUUGCUUGGCAACAGCAAAGGCUUCGACUUCCUGAACAAUUGCUACGCGUUUCUCCCUGUGACGUGCGGAGCGAUGGACAAAGAACAGGAAGCUUCCAGCACCACUACUUCCAAUGUAGAAUCGCCUGAGCCGCAGCAUGGGGCAACUGUGGCCGUAGCAAAGCUGACGAAAAAGGCCGCCAUCACCCAAAUCAUCACGGCGAUAGUGGCAAACAUAACGAUCAUCUCUUCCGGGAUGGGCAUCGGUUUUCCUUCGAUUGCCUUGAUGGAGUUGACGAACUCCACUAGCUCGGUGGUCCUCUCGGAAAGUCAGGCCAGUUGGUUCGCAUCGAUCACGGCCAUUCUCUGCCCGGUUGGAGGUCUGCUGUCAGGAUAUCUGUUGGACAAGAUCGGACGGAAGAAAACGCUCUACUGCAUAAACGGCAUUUCGAUCGUGUCCUGGGUGAUCAUGUCGGUGGCUAGCCGAACGGAUGCAUCGACUUUGUUUAUCGAGCUAAUAGUGGCUCGAGUUAUAAUAGGUGUUGCGAUCGGUCUCUCUAGCACUCCCGCGUCCGUUUAUGCUGCCGAAGUUGCGCAUCCCAGUCUGAGGGGUCGAUUGACCUUGCUGACGGCUUGCUUCACCGGUAUCGGGAUGCUUAUGGUGUACUCUCUUGGCUACGUCUACAAGGACGACUGGCGAUAUGUGUGUACUAUUUGCGGUGUCUUCACGGGUGUCUCGCUGCUGACCGUGAUUCCUUUACCGGAGUCACCCAGCUGGCUGGUGGGCAAAAAGCGAAUGCUGGAAGCGGAACGUCAUCUGAAGGUUGUGCGCGCCAUCAAGGAAGACAAGAAUCCAGAGAUACGGGCCGAGCUGAACGCGCUGGAGGAAAGCGUGGCCCGUUUCCGUGCUUCGGAGACGUCCAAAAAGCCAUCCAAGCUGGUGCAGCUCAAGAAGCCCGAAGUCUACAAGCCGUUGACGAUUAUGUGCACCUUCUUUAUGUUCCAACAAUUUUCCGGCAUUUUCGUGAUAAUCGUCUACGCGGCGAGCUUCUCGGUCGAGGCCGGUGUAGCCAUCGAUCCGUUCCUGGCGGCGGUUUUGGUUGGACUAACGCGAGUCGUAACCACCGUUCUAAUGGCGUUCAUAUCCGAUCGCUUCGGCCGUCGGCCACCGGCACUGUUCUCCGGAUUCGGGAUGGCCUGCUGUAUGUUUGGGCUCUCGCUGUGCACCAUCUACCCGGUAGCGGAUACGGAUCUGAAUUGGAUUCCGACAGCCCUGCUCGUGGCAUUCAUAUUUACCGCGACACUUGGCUUCCUCACGCUACCGUUUUCGAUGAAUGCCGAAGUGUACCCAUCGAAAGUGCGAGGCUUUGCGUCUGGACUGACCAUCUUUUUCGGUUACACAAUGUCCUUCAUUAUGCUCAAGAUUUACCCAACGAUGGUGAACGCGAUCGGUAACGAAAAUGUGUUUCUCUUCUUCGGAACCGUUUCGCUGAGUGGUAUUGCGUUCGUGUACUUCUUUUUGCCCGAAACCAAGGGCCGUACGCUGCUGGACAUCGAAGAGUACUUCCGCGGGAAGAGCGAACCCUCGGACACCACUAAACAGGAAACGAGGGCGUGA